AUGGGGAUAAAAGGAGCACAAUACUGGAAAAUCCUAUCCUUCAUUUUUGCCAUCCAGGAGAUCAACCAGAAUUCCCAUACCUUACCCAACAUCACCCUGGGUUACAGUAUCUAUGAAAAUUAUUUCAGUGCAGGAAAAACCUCAGAUGCUUUGCUGGACCUGCUUUCAGUUGGGGAGGCCAAUGUCCCCAACUACAGUUGUGGAAACCAGAGAAACACAGUGGCUGUUCUUGAAGGUACUGAAACAGGCUUCUCCAUCCAGAUAUCAUCCAUGUUAGAGACCUACAAAAUCCCACAGCUUCAUCCCUUCCUUGGAAACUCUGAAUUUUAUAAUAAAUCCAUAGAAGGAGUAUAUCUGGAUGAGAAGGGAGAACUAACAGUAGACUUGGACAUUGUUAAUUGGCUAUUUCACAAUAGGUCAAUUAGGAAAUUGAUGUUUGGCAGCCUAGAAAAACAAGGAUCCCUAGAUUUCAAGUUCAUGGUCGAUCCAAAGGUUACAGUGGAAAUCAAUAAGCUGAACAAGUCCCUGCCUCCUUCCAGGUGCGUGGAAAGCUGCCAUCCCGGAUUCAUGAAGGUGGCUCAGGAAGGGAGGCCCGUGUGCUGCUAUGACUGUCUUCCCUGUGCAGAAGGAACCAUCUCCACCAUGGAAGAUGCAGAAAAAUGCAGCAAAUGUCCACCAGAUCAACAUCCAAACAACAACCGAGAUCACUGUAUCCCCAAAACAAAGACUUUCCUAUCCUAUCAAGAAAAAUUAGGCAUCAUCUUGACUUCCAUUGCCUUGUUCCUCGCUUUAAUCACAUUCUUGGUCUUGGGAAUCUUCAUUAAAUUCCAAGAAACUCCUAUAGUCAAAGCCAACAAUCGGGACCUCUCUUAUAUCCUUCUGGUUUGUCUCCUGUUUUCCUUCUUCACCCCCUUCUUGUUCAUUGGCCAGCCAAGGAGAGUCACCUGCCUUCUUCGACAAACGACAUUCAGCAUCAUCUUCUCUGCUGCCAUUUCUUCUGUCUUGGCCAAAACCAUCACAGUGGUGCUGGCUUUCUUGGCCACAAAACCAGGGAAUAACAUGCAGAGAUGGCUGGGAAAGAGUUUAGCCAACUCCAUUAUCCUUUCUUGUUCUGGUCUUCAAGUUGCCAUCUGCAGCAUCUGGUUGGGUGCUUCUCCUCCUUUCCCUGAUUCUGACAUGUACUCACAAUCUGGAGAAAUCAUUCUACAGUGCAAUGAAGGCUCUGUCGCCAUGUUUUAUGGGGCCCUUGGCUACAUGGGCUUCCUGGCUGCCAUCUGCUUCACUGUGGCUUUCCUGGCCAGGAAUCUGCCUGGGGCCUUCAACGAAGCCAAGCUGAUUACCUUCAGCAUGCUGGUCUUCUGCAGUGUCUGGAUAUCCUUCCUGCCGACUUACCUGAGCACCAAAGGGAAAUACAUGGUGGCUGUGCAGGUCUUCUCCAUCCUGGUCUCCAAUGCUGGACUUCUUGGCUGCAUCUUCAUGCCCAAGUGUUUCAUUAUUUUCCUAAGACCUGACCUCAAUACAAAAGAAUAUGUAAUGUCAAAAUAA